AUGAGUCCGUCGACCACCACGAGUCCGACAACCACCGAGAUACCGUUGUCCGUAACCACAGGAUUCUUGUCCCCAUACAUCAAGUCGUUUUCGGCCAGAGGCCCGUCGGAACACCAUCCGGUCACGGCGUCGCUGAUCACGUCUACGAAUCUGCAGGCAGAAGAUUCAGACAUCGCACACAUCGGCAACACCGUCGUCAGAAACGUUCGUUGUCAUCGCUUACGCUCCGCUCUAAUAAACGUUCGGGGAAUGAUUGCCGGAUUACAGAUAUAA